CCUAAUUGGUCAGUGGCGUUUUCUCGUGAAUGAAGGAGGUUUCUGUUUUAAGAAAUAAAGUGACUUCUCAGCUGUUGAUUCACUGCCCACAGGGAUAUUUUAGAGCUGAGGCUUCCUAGCCUCAGUAGAAAUUUGCAUACAACUUCCACUUCCUGCUUCGGAGCCUGUUCUACUGCUUACCUGGGCCCGGAGAGGGGGGAGGGCGGCGGAGCGGCCCAAGGUAGAGUGACAGGGGAAGGAGAGCGCACGACCACCCGUGGCCAAGGUCUGCCCGUUGUGGUGUGAAGAAACUAGGAUGAACCGAAGCAUUCCCGUGGAGGUUGAUGAAUCAGAACCAUUCCCGAGUCAGUUACUAAAACCAAUCCCAGGAUAUCCCCUGGAAGAGGAAUCAGAACCACCUGCUCCACAUACAAGGCACAUGGCACCCAACUGUGUGUCGGCACCCAACAGCUUGUCCACACCCCAAGCCCCUGAUUGUUCCUCAGGAGACUUUUCUCAGGCUUACCCACACCUGAAACUUUCAAACUGCCGGCGGCCUGUGUCCCAGCAGAUCACCUGCCUGCGCACCAAAGUCCUGGCGGAGGGUGAAGACAGCUUCUGGAGGAGACACCCGGACCCAGGCAAUGAUUUGCCCCCGGACUGCUCUGCAGCCAGCGAGUCUGUGGUUGGAACCCUCCCACAAGAGCAUCAGUUUUUAUUUAUGGAAAAACGUAAUCAAUGGCUGGGAUCUCAGCUUUCAGCAGCUUCUCCUGACACUGGCCAUGACUCACACAAAUCAGACCAAAGUUUACCGAAUGCCUUAGCAGACUCCUCAGGCCAGAGCCAAGAGAUGGUGCCACGGCCCCAGCUCCACAGGAGCCGAGCAGCCCCAGAUCUGCCGACCAUAGACACGGGGUAUGAUUCCCAGCCCCGGGACGUCCUGGGCAUCAAGCAGCUGGAAAGGCCCCUGCCCCUCACUUCUGCGUGUUACCCCCAGGACCUCCCCAGACCUCUCAGGUCCAGGGAGUACGAUCCGUCUGAACAGCAGAGGUAUCCAGCGUGUGCACAGAUGCUGCGUCCCAGCCCUUCCCCACAUGCUCAGUGGAACUACCAGUACCAUUGUCCUGGAGGCCCCCAUCACCAGGUGCCAUAUGGCCACAACUACCCUCGGGCAGCCUACCAGCAAGUGAUCCAACCACCCCUGCCUGGGCAGCCCCCACCGGGAGCCAGUGAAAGAGGCCCGCACCCUGUGCAGAAGGUCAUCCUGAACUAUCCCAGCCCCUGGGACGAAGGAGAGAGGCCCGCUCAAAGAGACUAUUCCUCCCCGGGGCUCCCGAGGUAUCUGGACCAGCUGCAUAACCAGCCACAUAACAGAGCUGGAGCCCCUGAGGAGUCCUGGGACUGUCCUGCAGAGCUGAGACCACAGGGCCCCCAGGCUCCAUCUCCAGCUGCUGUCCCCAGACCCCCUAGUAACCCUCCAGCCAGGGGAACUCUGAAAAUAAGCAAUUUGCCAGAGGAAUUACGGAAAGUCUUUAUCACUUAUUCUGUGGACACAGCUAUGGAGGUGGUGAAAUUUGUGAACUUUUUGCUAGUGAAUGGCUUCCAAACCGCAAUCGACAUUUUUGAGGAUAGAAUCCGAGGCAUUGAUAUCAUUAAGUGGAUGGAACGCUACCUUAGAGAUAAGACAGUGAUGAUAAUCGUAGCAAUCAGCCCCAAAUACAAACAGGAUGUGGAAGGCGCUGAGUCGCAGCUGGACGAGGAUGAGCACGGCUUACACACUAAGUACAUUCAUCGAAUGAUGCAGAUUGAGUUCAUAAAACAAGGAAGCAUGAAUUUCAGAUUCAUCCCUGUGCUCUUCCCAAAUGCUAAGAAGGAGCAUGUGCCCACCUGGCUUCAGAACACUCACGUCUACAGCUGGCCCAAGAAUAAAAAAAAUAUCCUGCUGCGACUGCUCAGAGAGGAAGAGUACGUGGCUCCUCCGCGGGGGCCUCUGCCCACCCUUCAGGUGGUUCCCUUGUGAUACCCCCUGUCCCCAGGUCACCGGGGCCAUGCCAUGGCGGGGGCCCUGCUCUGAUGGGGACUCUUCUAGCUGAGGCUGGUUGGCAGCAUUCAUGGCUGUUCAUUCUCAGUCCCUCCCUGAGGGGCCCUCCAACCCCAGAAAAGCUGUUCUGCACAGUAUGCUCCCCUCUGAGACCUCCACAGACCACCUCUUCGAGGUGGAGUUCCCGGCUGCUCUGCAUUCCCUGCUCCUUAGCCGCACUGCCUACUCCUCCUCACCCUCUGACUGUCCAGUCUGGGCCUCUCCCUGCUCAGCAAGGAGAUCGUGUGGAUGAUGCUGCAAUACAUGUAAAUGACCACAAACACCCUUCCAUUGCUUAAGACCACUUUUAUGUGUUAGCCAAACACUUGUGUGGCCUCAGACCAAGAGGAUUCAUGUACAUAUAAUAAAAUGUUUACUCUUUUGUAA